AUGGACCCCCUGUCUAUCGCCGCUUCUUUAGCUGGUCUCAUCACCAUAUCAACCCAGAUCGUCGGUAUCAUCCAGACCAUAAACUCGAAGAACAAUAAAGAGCUAGACUCGCUCUCGAGAGAGGUCCACGCUGUGAGGGGAAUUCUAUCGCAAAUCCAACAAAUUGUACAAUUCCAGUCCGCCAAAGCCGCAAAGAACUCAGAAUGGCUUAAUGCACUCAACACUACUUUGGAUGACUGUGGUGAUACGUAUCUACAGCUGGAAAAGUCCUUGAAAGGACUGGUUUCAAGCUCAAGACUCGAGGCACUCAAGAAGAAAGUCAAGUGGACGCUCAAAGAGAAGGACAUCCAAGACUCAUUGAGAAAGGUCGAGAGCUACAAGCUUUCGCUAGAUUUGUUAUUGUCUGUUCAGACGAGUACCACAACGAGCAACAUUGAAGAUGUGGUGGUUCAACUUCAAAAGAAGUUACUACUCACAUCCCCCGCUGCUCCCACGACUCGGACACCUUUGUCAUGGAGAAAGAAGCUAGCGGGUUUCGAGGCAGACCCUUCAACCUCGCAAACAAGCGAUUUCGAAGAUACACAGUCAGAUGCAGAGAGCUCCACGGCCGAUGUUUCAUACGUCAUCCCGGGGCCAAAUACCACUGACUGGACUGAUCCCGGCAUUUUCGGAAUAAACCAGGACGAAGGCAAAGAUGCCCCUGAUCUCAACAGCCCAGGGCUUGUUUGUAUAUGUGAAAUAUCUGUCGGACAGAAGAAGAUCAGCCUCUUCUGUAGCUGGGAGAGACAUCCAGCGAACGAGAUGCUUACGCCUAUUCGAGCACAUAUUUUAUUCAAAGGGCCCACACCUGGAGAUUUGUAUUUCAUGCAGCUGGAAGAAUCUUUUAUGAUACAACCGGUCGAGCGCUUUUUUGUCCCAGUAGGGAAAUGCAGUCUUAUCAUUGCUCAAUGCAACGUUAAGGGUGGCGUGUGUCCCCUGAGCGAGCUUGACAAACGUGAUGAUAAUGAGCAGUUCAAUCUCGCCCUUGAAGAAUUUGCAUUGAAAUCCAACCCAGGGUCUCAACAGGUGCUCGUAAAUUUUGACAGUCUCCAAGAUCGUGAGAAAUUCUUAAACCAUCUCUAUGGUAUCCGAUAUCUUCAACGCAUGGAUCUUCCAUUUGCCCUUUCCAACCAGUUCUAUCAUCAUUCGCCCUAUCAAAAAAGGAUUCAAAACGUGCAAAUAGGGUACGCGAAUGGGACUGAAAAGUCAUACAUCUAUCCCUAUCUAUAUCUCGAUUAUCCUGUAGAGGGUGAAUCUCUCAUGCUUGUGUGUGGAACCAAACCCAAUAACAACAAGGCGGUGGUAUUCAAGGAAAACAUCCUUGAACUCGAUAUCGAGAUAGUAGGGUCUGAAGCCCUUGUCUUCACGAAUCAGGAUGGGAAAGCCAUACAUACCAUAUCAGCAACUCUCGGCUCUCUAGACGAGCUUGUUCAUUUGUAUCACCGCCUACAAGAUGCCACUAGAGAAUGGAAAUCAAUCGGAGCGAAAGGGGUGGACAAUUUCGAGACUAAAGCCGAAUGGCUGGUUGAGAAUCUCGAGUUCCUCAAGGAUUCUCUAGCUAAAACAUGUUCCUUUAACAAUGUUCUCGUUGCCGUUCAAGUGGAUCGUUUCUCAAAACGAAUGAAGAUGGAAAUCUCAAGAAAAGAUUCACAGGAGAGAUUGGCUUCCUGUCACGUCAUGACUUCAUCUAUCCUGUUCUACAAAGAGCACUUCCGAACAGACUCACCAGACUUCUUCAUUGAUCCCGUCAUGCAAACUGGUUUCUGGGACUUGACACAUGGCACUGCUACGCCUGACAAUUUUCAAGUAGGACAGGUCAAGAUUCAUGGCGCCAAGGCAGCGGAGGUAUGUGACGAGCUGGAAGAAAUUGUGGAAAAUUGCAAAACAGAUACCGAAGAUGCACAGAAGAACUUCUUAAAAACGAUCGUUUAA